AUGUCUGACGUUGCUCAAAUGCUUCACAAGACUUUGAUGGCUUAUGCUGAGGCAGUUGAACAGAACAAUAUACCUCUAGCGGAAGAUAUUGCCAAACCGAUCAAAUACCUAGCUGCAUUACAAAAACCCGCUACGAGUAAAGUUGCUACCUAUUUCGCCGAAGCUCUCGCUCGGCGAAUCCACGGUAUGUUUCCACAACAUUCCAUUUCUGCUUCCCUUCAGAACCAUUUCUAUAAAGCUUGUCCUCACCUAAAAGUAGCUCAUUUCACCGCGAAUCAAGCUAUUCUCGAAGCUUUUCAAGGAAAAUCUCGUGUUCAUGUCAUUGAUUUUUCCAUCAAUGAAGGAAUACAGUGGCAGGAGCUUAUGCGGGCGCUUGCCUUGCGUCCCGGUGGUCCUCAUGCCUUUCGUCUCACCGGAGUAGGAUCUCCGGCUUCUGAUAACUCCGAUCACCUCCAACAGGUUGGUUGGAAGCUUGCUCAGCUUGCACAAACGUUUGGUGUUGAGUUUAAGUAUCGCCGUGUUGUUGUUAAUAGUCUCGCUGAUCUAGAAGCUUCUAUGCUUGAACUCCGUUCGCCGGAGACUGAAUCUGUUGCUGUUAACUCUGUUUUUGAACUUCAUAAACUUAACGCGCGUCCCGGCUCGCUUGAGAGAGUAUUUUCUGUUAUCCGUCAGAUUCAGCCGGAGAUUGUAACCGUAGUCGAACAAGAAGCAAAUCACAACGGAUCGAGUUUUCUGGACCGGUUUACCGAGUCGCUGUACUAUUAUUCAGCUCUGUUUGACUCGCUGGAGAGUUCGUUGGCUGAACCGCAGGACAAGGCUAUGUCAGAGGUGUAUCUUGGGAAGCAAAUUUGCAACGUGGUGGCGUGUGAAGGAACGGACCGGGUUGAGCGUCAUGAGACUUUGAACCAGUGGAGGAACCGGUUCGGUUGGGCUGGAUUUUCUCCGGUACAUUUGGGAUCUAAUGCGUUAAUGCGAGCGAGUCUGUUGUUGUCGCUUUUCGGCAGGGAGGGUUACAAGGUGGAAGAGAAUGAUGGUUGUCUCAUGCAUGGUUGGAACGCUAGGCCUUUAAUUGUAACCUCUGCUUGGAAACUCGCCGCCGACAACUCGAGUGGUCAAUGGUACUUCAAUCAGAUGGGCUAGACCAAGAGAAGAGGAAACUUUACAUUGGAACUUCCAUCGAUCCAGUUCCAGUUGCUUUUCUAUUGAUCCAGGUGAGAAAGCUUACUUCCCAAGGGUAGCUCCUUUGUUUGAGAGCGUUUACACGAGUGUGGUUAGUGGUUCGAUUUUUUUACUCAUACAUAUAAAAAAAAUUCAGUUGGAAGGGACAAACCUAUCUUAUGUGUUGCACAUAUUUCUAGACGGAGAUUAAUCGCUAAAUAGAUCGAUGUAGAAACUUUGUACCAAUAACACCUUAAAAAAAGUGUUUUCUACGACAAUUUCGACAAA